CCCCUUUUACCCACAAUGCAGUGGUGAUUUGGUCGUGAGAGAGUAAUGGCGGCGUACAGUGCAGCCGGGUUGCGACAGACAACUUUGAAAAGUUGUUCGAAUGGAAAUACUCGAGGGAAGAUGGUUUCCUUUGUUUUAGCCAUCUGUCUGGGACUUUUGAUGAGGACUUGCGAUGCCCAAGAGGACCCUCCAAGAGGCAGAAGCAGUUGUUAUGAUCAUCAGAAUAGAGCUCAGCGGUGUAUGCCUGAGUUUGUGAAUGCAGCGUUUGGACUGCCAGUGGACGCCACAAAUACGUGCGGAGUUUCUUCCACCAACGAAUAUUGUCUGCAGACAGGAGUAACGGGAGCUACCAAGUCCUGCUAUUACUGUGACGCCAGAAGACCCGGGUAUAACCAUCCACCCGAGUUUAUGACAGACUUCAACAACAACUACAACUGGACGUGGUGGCAGUCGGAGACGAUGUUGGAAGGGAUUCAGUACCCGAACGUUGUCAACCUUACUCUUAGUCUCAAAAAAACAUACGACAUUACCUAUGUGAGGAUACGCUUCCAUUCCCCAAGGCCAGAGAGUUUCGCCAUAUACAAGAGGAAAAGUGAUAACGAUGAAUGGGUCCCAUUCCAAUUUUAUAGCGCUUCAUGUGAGAGAACGUAUGGAUUACCUCGACGAGCAGUUGUUCGGAGGGAGAAUGAAGCCGUAGCACUCUGUAACGAUGAAUUCAGUGAUAUAUCUCCUCUGACUGGGGGCAGUGUGGCCUUCAGUACGCUGGAAGCGAGGCCCAGUGCUUAUCAAUAUAUAGACAGUCCAGUUUUACAGGACUGGGUGACAGCAUCAGCCAUCAAGAUAGUUCUGACUCGUAUGAACACUUUUGGAGAUGAAGUGUUUGGAGAUCCUCAAGUCUUAAAAUCCUAUUUCUACGCCAUCUCUGAUUUAGCUGUGGGAGCCAGGUGUAAGUGUAACGGGCACGGCAGCGAGUGCAAGCAGGUGACUAGCCAGGGUCUUGAAGAUGAGCUCAUCUGUACCUGCGAACACAACACACAGGGACCAGACUGUGGGGAGUGUCUGCCUUUCUACAAUGACAUACCAUGGGCCAGAGCCACUGAAUCCGAUGCACACGAAUGUCUACCUUGUGACUGUAACAACCUGUCCAACAGAUGCCACUUCGAUCAGGAGCUGUACCUGAGAACAGGUCAUGGCGGACACUGUGACGACUGCCGUGACAACACCGAUGGCCCUCACUGUGAGCGAUGUCUGGUCAACCACUACCGCAGGCAACCAGAGAAUAGAUGUAUAGACUGUCAAUGUAACCCUAUAGGAUCUGAGAGCCAACAGUGUAACAAGCAAGGCCAGUGCAGGUGUAAACCAGGUGUAACUGGUGACAAGUGUGACCGAUGUGAGGCCAACUACUUCGACUUCACCAACUACGGCUGCAGACCAUGUUCUUGUAACCCAUCCGGGAGCUACAACAACGAGCCUCGUUGUGACACACGCACUGGAGAAUGUACCUGUAAGGAGAACGUAGAGGGACGCACAUGUGACAGCUGCAAACCAGGGUUCUUUGGUUUAAGUGACUCCCAGCCUUUUGGCUGUGUUCCCUGUUUCUGUUACGGCCAUUCCUCCAUCUGCCAGUCAGCGCAAGGAUACUACGCUAGAAAUGUUUCCACUGACUUUGAAACUGGCAAACAGCGAUGGAUAGCUGUCGACCGCCGCAACCAGGAAGUGGCCACUAAGUACAAUGCUUUCACACAGAACCUUGGAGUGUCGGCUCCAGGAACUGACUCCAUGUAUUUCUCAGCUCCAGCUCAGUAUUUGGGAGAUCAGCGUUUCAGCUACAACAGGUUCUUGACAUUCACGCUGAGAGUAGGGGAUGAAAGUGGAGCGAGGGCUUCCAUCAUCGACGUUGUGCUAGAGGGCUCCGGUCAGAAGGUCUCAGGGCCAAUCUUUGCAGCAGGAAAUCGGAUGCCUGGUCUUGUAGCCAAGACUUACCGAUUCCGUCUCCAUGAGCAUCCAGACUACCAGUGGUCUCCUAGACUGAAGUCCGAAGACUUCAUUGCCAUCCUGUCUAACCUUACAGCCAUCAAGAUCAGGGGCACAUACACUACAGAGGGUGUUGGAUUUAUCGACGACAUCAAGUUGGAGACCGCUCGCCGUGGGUUCAAUGCUGGAGAUGAGGCAUCAUGGGUAGAGCAGUGCACGUGCCCCGAGGGCUAUGUGGGCCAGUUCUGUGAGUCGUGUGCUCCUGGUUACAAGCGAGAUCCCAUGAAUGGAGGACCCUUCGCUAUGUGUGUGCCCUGUGAAUGUAACGGUCACUCCACCAACUGCGACGUCAACUCAGGGAGGUGUAUCUGUCAACACAACACGGAGGGGGACUACUGCGACCGAUGUGUGACUGGUUACUAUGGCAAUGCACGUGAAGGAACCUCAGACGACUGUCAGCCAUGUCCUUGUCCUGGAGGCGGGGCCUGUGUGGAGCUGCCCAGUGAUGUUGUCUGUACGGAGUGCCCAGAAGGAUAUGGAGGAAACCGAUGUGAUCUCUGUUUGGAUGGUUACUUCGGUGACCCGUCCGGGAAAUAUGGAGACAGAAAAACCUGCCAGAAAUGCUUCUGUAAUGACAACAUUGAUCCCAAUGCUGUUGGUAACUGUAACGCCACAACAGGAGAAUGUCUGAAGUGCAUCCACAACACAGCUGGCUAUUACUGUGAGAGGUGCCUGCCCACUUUCUAUGGUGAUGCCAUUGCUGAACCAAAAGGACAGUGCCAGCCUUGCAGCUGCUACUCAAACGGCACCAAUCAGGUCGGCCUGCUGACGUGUGACGACAGUGGCCAGUGUCCAUGCCUCCCCAAUGUCCGCGGACAGCGCUGUGACAUGUGUGAUGAUGGUUAUUGGAAUCUUGACAGUGGCACAGGUUGUGAGGCGUGUGACUGUGACCAGAUUGGAUCACUAAACUUCACCUGUCAACUCAAGGCAGGACAGUGUGAAUGUAAGCCUGGUGUCACUGGGCGCCGUUGUGACACCUGUCAGCGAUUCUUCUACGGCUUCUCAAGGGCGGGAUGUCAAGCAUGUAACUGUGACCCAGUUGGUUCCUUGGACUUACAGUGCGACGAGUAUGGCAACUGCCCAUGUCGUACCAACGUAGGUGGACGUCGAUGUGACCGCUGUAUGGAGAACAAGUUCAACAUCUCUGCUGGAUGUAUAGAUUGUCCGGCAUGCUACGACCUGGUGCAGGACCAAGUCAACAUCCACCGUGCCAAACUGCGAGACCUCACCAACCUCAUCAACAACAUCGGCAACAACCCAAGCCUUUUUAAUGACACAAAAUUCAUCAGCGUCAUGGGAGAAGUCAACAAGACUGUCAAUGUUCUCCUUGACGAAGCACGGGGAGCAUCAACUCCUGAUGGUUCAGUGGGGAGACAACUCCAGGAGCUCCGCAAGUCUCUCGGUGAAGUUAUCUACAAGACUGGUCAGAUCGGUAGAAGCAUCUCAUCUGCGAGUCAAGUCUCCAUGGAGACUGAGCAUGACCUAAGGCAGGCAGAGCAGGCAAUUGAACGUGCCGAGAUAUCACUGAAGGCUGCCGAGGACUACAUCGACAGAGAAGGUCGGCUAGCUCUGGACCGGGCACUCCAGGCGCUUGCGCGCUUUGGGAGGCAGUCAGAACAAAUGACAGAAAUUGCAAACAGAGCGAAGUUAGAGUCUGAGAGACAAAUGGCUGAAGCUGAUCGUAUAGUUGCUGUUGCUGACGAUGCCCUCAACACGUCUCGUGAAGCCCUGCGGCUUGCCCAAAUGGCCUUAAGUAUGCCAGGACAGACUGCAAGGGACAUACAGAGGCUCAACUCAGAAUACAACAAUGCCGACCGCCUGUAUGAGCAAACACGGCAGCUGGCGGAGAAGGCAUCGGAACUGGCGGAGAAGGCCCAAGAUGAGGCUCUGGGUCUGUUUACAGAAUCCCAGCAGCGUGUGCCAAGUGUGGAUGUGGAGAAGCUUCUCACUGAUGCUGCUAACAUUAAGAUUCAGGCCAAUCUGAUCAAGGAGGAAGCGGAGAGACUGCUUGAGCAAAACGCAGACCUGAUGGCAGAGGUGACUGAUGGAAAGAUGAAGGCUGAAGACAAACUCAACAUGGGAAUCCAUCUGCAACAGAGAACUGAUGAGCUGCUGGCAGAGGUUGACAGUGCUCGUGCCAAGGCUCGUGAUGCUGUGGAGAUGGGAGAGAAGACACUGAAGGAGGCCAAUGAGACAUACCAGACUCUGGCAGGUUUUGAGGAUCUGGUGAAGGGCAACAAAGACAAGGCUGAUGAGGCUCUGAAGAAAGUGCCCCAGAUCGAAGGCACCAUCGACCAAGCUGAGAGGACAACCCAGGAGGCAAGAAAUGCUCUCAGUGGUGCCAGUGAUGAUGCCAACAAGGCUUUUGAUCUGGCCAAGCAGGCUCAGGACACAGCCCUGACUGCUAAUGAAGACGCCAGUCAAAUCCGUGGUGAGGCAAGCACAACAAAGACCCAAGCCAGCAAUCUAAGGAACGAAGCUGACCGUCUGGCCGAGGAAGUCAAUGCUGCUGAAUCUCGCUUCAAUGAUUAUGAUACUCAAAGUACAUCUGAUAUGGCCCUGGCAAAAACAGCCCUGGAGAAAGCUAAUGAGGCCAAGGAUACUGCGGAGAAAGCUUCAUCAAAGGUGGAGGAUGCCCUCAAGACUGUCAACGACAUCCUGCAGAUAUUAGAUUCUUUUGAAAUGGUUGACCCAAACAGCCUUGAUGCCCUGGAGGCCGACCUGGCAGAGGUCGAGCGGCAGCUGAAGGAAGCUGAUAUAGAUGCUCAGUACAAAUAUAUUUCCAGUGCCAAUGACAAUGUGAAAAACCUUGUGCGCAAGUACACGGAGGACUAUUCCCAGUUGAAGGAAGAUGUUGACAAUAUAGAGGACAUCAAGGACUCUCUGAUUGAUGGCUGCUUUAAGAGUAUAGAGAUUGAGUCUCCAGCUGGAGGCAGAUAAAACAGCAGACAAGACUGUGGAGUUAAUGUUGAAAGACAUGGGGCUAUGGUCAGUGUCAAGCGGAGGCGUGGACAACUUUCUUAAUCCUUUGCUUACUCAGGUAUAUGUCAGAGUUGCUGUGAUCUUCCUACACCUGGAAACCAACUCAGCAGAGGGACGUCUUGGCUAGCUUCCUCAAGGUCACUAGUCGUCAUGUCAACCUUGACCUAUAUCAGUGACCUUUACCUUCAAGAAGACCUUGUUCAGCUGUCUUGACCUCAGCAUUGAUGGUAUUCGUGCCUUAUUACCUCCUAAAUAUAGCCAUAGACCCUCAUUGCCGAACAGCCUCUGUCGGAAUGCUAGAACUGCAUUUACUUAUAUAAGUGUACAGUGUAUCUUAUGAAUAAUAUUGAAGGAGCCUAGCACUAGAGUUUUAUGUCACAUUUCUUGCUAUAAUUGUCCAAUGUCCAUGUCGGGAAGAAUAGGAAACGGAACAAACAGCUGGUAUUCAAGGGGCCAGUCUUAUCUCAGAAACAACCCAGCUGCUUUCUAAUCUGUGGUAGUCCGUAAACAGUAGUCGUCCAUGCCUUGUCCCAGUUCUUCUAUGCAUCUGGCAAGUCCAAACAAGGACCCCUUUCAGUUCAAAUAAUAUUUGACAAACUAUGCUUGGUUGAAAUGUGACAUAUAAAGUCUGAAGUCUCCUUACCUUUAUGUACCCUUGUUUAAUUCUGUAUGUUCAUAUAUUCCGAAGCAAUGAUUGUCAUGUGUUUGAUUAAUUGAACAAAGUGUUUUGCAUAAUAACAAACUUAGAAGUGGGCUGUAUUUGAAUUUAAAGAUAUUUCUGUGAUUCUCAACAUGCUGGAAUAAUUUCAGUGUUUAUUAUUUGGUGUGGAUAGACAUUGAGCAGCGUGUCCCACCUGUGUUAGCAUUGGAAGUUAAAGUGAGGUGGGUUGUCAAAGGUUGCGCUAGUGGUCUGCUGUGGGGAGUGAUGAAUAUUCAGCAUGUCUGUAAUCUCGGCACCAAGUCUGGUAUUGCUCAUCCAAGUGUCUGUCUGUAUGUGUGUCCUUAUGGGCGAUAACAUCCACCCAAGCCUUUCCUAGAUGUACAAAACACGUCUUCAUUAUCUUCCUUUCACCAAGUGUAACCCUUGAGAAAUGCCAGACUCAAAUAGUUCCUCGGUAACCGAGACUGGUCGUGAGAGUUGAUUUGUUCUUUGGUCAGGUUCAUUAACUUGGUUGAUAUCGUAUCAACCAUUGGCAUUGAUCGUUGUUCAGAAUAUCAUCUCUUGUUUGUUUGGUCCAGUUCAGCUAUAUAAGGGUUGCUGACCUGUAUAUCCUUGAUGAACACAGUGUGUAUCCUAAUGUAUCUGUGAUGAUAAUGGCACAGAAGCUGAUAUGCUACUAGAACUGGAUUUUGUAUUCAGGUUCAUGUGAGUUGAAAAGCUCAAAUUAGUGUUUACUUUGUGAAUUCAACAUGUAAUCAUAGGACCAAAUAGCUUCAGUUUCUCUGAAUGUGGCCAUGUGAUGUCAUGGUUUGCAUGUACCACAUUCGACAAUUCUACUUCACUGCUGUGCUGCAUUUAAAAGUGAGAUUUGAUCAUCUGUUUUGAGGGCAUUGUUUAGUCAGAUCUCAUUUCUGGUGUCCCUUGCUGUGAUGCUACUGGAAUAUUGCCUAAAGCAGCGUAAGACCUCACUCACUCACUCACUCAAUCUUGUUAAAUCCAAGGACUGUGCAUCAGGGAAAGGCUUGGACGACUUGGUCUGACCCUUGGCAUGUGGAGUAUGUAGAGUUGCUGAGUUGUAUGUUACAUAAUUAUACACAAGCAUUCUGCCUUCGGUCAUCUCAUCUCUUAUGGUGCUAUUUAUGUUCAUAUUGUAUGGUCCUCUUUAUCCAACCUCCGUAUACACCAACUAUUCACUAGUUUAGUGACAACCAAUCACAUCUUGCCAUAAUCAACGUGUUCUGAGUUCCAGCAGAGGCCAGACUGUGGUCAGCCGUUCUAGAUUCUGUGUACUUGACCGCUACUGUAAGGCAAUUAGCUAUAAUGCAUCCAGCCCUCUUUUGCAUGGUAGAAGAAUUAAGAUGUAGCUUGUUUGGAUGAGCGGCAUCCCCAGCUUUGAAAUGUGCCAAUGUGUUAGUAGUAAUGUAGCUUUUGUACAGGCGUUUUAGAUCGAGUUGACUCUACCAGUUAUUUAUUAUUUCAUUGGAGGGCACCUUUUUAAUUCCCAAAUUUAUUUUGGCAAUUCGUGUAUUUCAAUUGUAAUGUUUUGAUGAUGUAUCAUGAUAAUGUCACUGUAAUCAGCUUAACUGUGAAUGAAUAUCAAAUUUAAUGCUCAUAAAUUCAUAACCACCCUGUACUAAAACAUUGUUAUUUUUGUACGAUGAGAAAUAUUUUUGAAAUUACCUGAACAAAAUUUUAUUUUUGAUGCUCAGUCAGUGACUAAUUUUUCAUGUGCCUUGCCCCAGAGGGGAAAGUGAAUCGUGUACAGUUUUGUUGCUAUGAGGUAGUCUUGUGAUGUUUAGUGCACGAAGAGCUUGGAAACCAGUAAGCAUGUCGUCAUAUAUACCAUACCAGUUUAUCCAUAGGAUUCACAUUUCAGAUGUCAUUUUCAAUCAUGAUGUUUAAUUUUAUUACUGAGAAAUGAAGAGAUUAAUAUACCAUUAGACCAAUCUACUUUCUCCUGUCUCUAAGCCAUAUACUGGUUGUAUAUGUGUUGGUUCAUCAGGGACAAGAUCAAUAGUUUACAUUUAACGUUGUUCUGAACACUAGCGACAAUCAGUAGUGACAGCAGAAUAAGACGUAUCAAGCAACACGAUGGUGCUGUAGAAAACGUGGCAAACAAUACAUCCAUAAUGAGCAGCUAUUUACUGAUAUUUUUGUGAAUUGGAUUUUUUAAUAAUAUAAUUUAUCUAAAAAUUUAUUAAGGAACACCAAUAUUUUUUUCAUGUGACUAUAGUUAAUCUGUCAUACGUGAUUCAAAUGUCGUAUGACAUUAUUAAGUUUGUCGUGUCAUGUUAUGACAUUUACUGUCACCAUGUGAAAAAAUCAGAUGUUUUGUCACAUUUUGCAUCCAUAGUUAACAAGGGAAAAUAUAUUUUGAGAUUAAAUGUGAUCAAAUUUUUCACCUGUUUGAUUGGCUUAGUAUAACAGUAACAGUAUAGGUAAGAUAUGUUAUGUAGGAGAACUUCUUAAUAGAACAUGAGCAUCAUAAUAGAAUAAAGAAGUUGUCGUCCAUAAAAUAUCUUGCCUUUAAAAACCGAAUUUCUUGUAGCUGAGCACAGGUGUCUAUACAUUAAUUAAUAAUUGAUGUGUAGUUUAAUGAUUCUAUAUAUUUACUGAUGUUUAUCAAAAGUUAGAGGCAUGUCACGAUUAACAUCCCAUGUGUUGCGUGCUCUUUACAGGACAACUGAGUCUUACACUGUUAGAAAUUAGGAUAUUUAAACACAAAAACCUCACUUUUCUUAACGGCCAGUAUUGUUGAUAUUGUAAGUGUGCUAUCAGCAUCCAUUGAUGGGAAGGGUUAAGGAUUAGUGUGAAACUUUUAGUGUAUUCCGAUCUCUGUAAUCUGUCAACUUUUGUACAAACCCAUUGUACUUACCUGUACGUACCUGUAUUCUGUAGAUACAACAUUUGAUGUCCUAAACGGAGUCUCUUUUCUACAUUUUUGUAUUAACAUGCAAAUAAAUCUUUUUACAAAUAUG